AUGACUGCGAACUUUGGUCAUAUUGACGAACAACGACAACUCAUACCAAUGUCUCCGCUUCCGCCAACUAUAACUUCCAAUGAAGAUGAUAUUAUCGUACUCUGUGACUCAAAUCAUAUUGACGACAAUCAACCCUCAUCCGAAACCAUACCGCAAACACUCAUUCUACGUUUCUACACUCGACUAGUUCAAAUGAUCUCAUCGAUACAUCUACCACAUUUGUCUGAUAAUAAUUUACGCAUAGUAUUUCUGUUAUUUAUCACGCUAAUCGGUCUAACUAGUUUUACUAUUGCUCUUAUCGUUGGCUCAAGUAUAGUACAAUUCAAACAGCAAUGUCCGCUAUACGCGUCAUUUAAAUUUCAAACAUUUGUUCAUACUCCAACUAAUUGGACGAUUAAAAUCAUCCCGCUAACCGAAAAAUUUAGUUCACAAUCGACAUGUGAUUUUUGUACAUUUUAUAAUGUGUUCACGUUUAUUUACUGUAUUAUGACUGGCUUCUUCUUUAUACUAUUCAAUGGCGAUGCUCGAAUAGUAACAACAAAUGAUCAAUGUUUGAUCGUUCCAUGGUUUCCAAUAUCGAUUAUACUCGGCUUUUUCUCCUUAGUUAAUGCAUCUAUUCUAACAAAUGGUUUUCUCAAAUUCUGUUCUACUCUCACAUCGAAUGAUCACCAUAUAACGAGUUGUGGUCAACUAAAUCACAUUUUUUUCGAACAAUAUCCUAAUGCUUCAUCGAUAUUCGUCUAUAUGCUUCUCGCUAUCAUCGCCUCAUGGUUUCAGCUAGUAUUUUUUAUUGGUAUAAUUACAAUUCUUACUAUUCGUCUUGGCACAUCAUUCGAUUGGAGUAGUCGUGACGAAGAUCAUGUUAGCGAAAAGCCGAAGAAUAAUUUAAUGCAAUCUAUGGAACAAACAGAGAAUUAA